AAUCACUUGAAACUUGAAACUUUGAGUGAAUUGAUCUUUAGCGUACCAAUUACCGAAAUUGUAUUGAAACUAUUUUCUGAAAAUUGUGUGACCCAGCAAAAUCACUAUAUUUUAAAUGAGAACGGAAUUAUCGAAAGUGUAACAAUAUCAUUCGCUGACAACGGUUUUGUGAUAACACAUACAAUUUUGAACAAAAAGGAAUCGCUGCUAGUAAAAACAACGCUUUCCUUACAGACUGUAAAUUGUGUCGUGCCAACAUGGAUUCAAGGGUUUUAUUCCUUGCUGGACUCUUAUUAACAGGGUGUGUGCCUUCCUGUUAUGCCCGAUAUUCCGAUGAUGACUCUUGGUUCACCUUGAAGAAUAUUGCCAUUGGAGGCGUGGUUGGGGCAGGUGCCGUUGUGGCUGCCCCUUUUGCGCUUGGGGCUGCUGGAUUUGGAGCCGCUGGUGUUACGGCCGGAUCAUUGGCAGCUGCAAUUCAGGGACCAGCAGUUGUUUCCGGGAGUGCAUUUGCGCUUGCGCAGAGUGCAGGUGCGGCCGGUCUCGGAAUCGGGACUAAGGUGGCAUUGUUUGCCGGAUGGGGGGCGGUUGGGACGGCGGUCAGCAAGAACAACGAUUAAUAAACACAUUUGUCGACUAACAGUAAAAUACUAAAGUAAAGAAGUUAAUCCAGAAGGUAGAUUGUUUCAAAAACUCGAAUGUAUUAAAUUCAUUAUUACAAAGCAAAAUCUUGCUUUAUAAUCACAUGCUGUUGAUUAAGCAACUAUUAUAAUAACAUUAAAAUAGUAUUAUAUCAAUUAACAUUUUUUCAAUAUUGAACUAAUAUAAAACUUAUUAUUACAACGUACGUUUUUUUUCUCUUGGACAUGCAAACGAUAUACAUGUAUGUCUUUGCUUCACCGUAUUAAAAUCGGAUUGACUUGCAUUUUGAAGGUAUUAUAAUUGCGAAGCGAUUCAUGCGAACAGCGGGUAUAUAUUUGUACCGCUCAUUCGACUGAAAAUGAAUCGAUCUAUUAUAUAUUUGAAUAAAGAGACC